CAGAUGUGACGUCAGGAUGCGAUGAAGUAAAAGAUGCUCGCGCUGGGUGGAGAGAGCGAACGCGCAUUCAGACUCACAUCAGCAUCACAAGAUGGGCAACGUUCAACCCACAAUAACUCCUUUUGAGGACUUUGAUGUGGUCGCAGACAUCAAGACAAUCCGUAAGGCUUGCAAAGGAAUGGGGACAGAUGAGGAGACCAUCAUUUCCAUUCUAGCAAACCGAUCUGCAGCCCAACGGCUAGAAAUUAAACAAGCCUACUUUGAAAAGUAUGAUGAUUUGGAGGAAGUCUUGAAGAAUGAGCUGACAGGAAACUUUGAGAACGCAGUUAUAGCCAUGCUGGACCCGCCCAACGUCUUCAUGGCUAAAGAGCUGAGGAGAGCCAUGAAGGGUGCUGGGACAGAUGAGGACGUGCUGGUGGAGAUCCUCUGCACCAGCACCAAUCAGGAUAUUUUGAAUUACAAAGAGGCAUAUCUGCAAGUUCAUGAGCGAGAUUUGGAGGCUGAUAUCGAAGAUGACACCAGUGGUGAAGUGAGGAAUCUGCUGGUUUCUCUCCUACAGGCUGACAGGGAUGAGGCUUAUGAAGUGGAUGAAGCACUGGCAGAACAGGACGCAACGUCAUUGAUUGAGGCAGGUGAAGGCCGCUUUGGCACAGACGAGUCCACUUUCACCUACAUCCUCACUCACAGGAACUACCUACAGCUUCAGGCCACCUUCAAGAUAUAUGAAACCCUCUCUGGAACAGAUAUUCUGGAUGCUAUAGACAGUGAGGCUACAGGAACAUUGAAGGACUGUUACGUUACACUGGUACGAUGUGCUAAAAACCCACAGCUGUAUUUUGCCCGUCGUCUGAACGCUGCAAUGAAAGGAGCUGGGACAGAUGAAGAGACACUCAUACGUAUCAUUGUGGGUCGCUCUGAGGUGGAUCUGGAGACCAUCAAGGACAUGUACUUGGAGAAAUAUGACGUAACCCUAAAGGAUGCCCUGAGUUCAGAGUGUGGUGGAGAUUUCAAGCGCCUGCUAAUAGAAAUACUUCACUAGAUUACCGUCAGGGGGAGCCGAUCGCUAACCAGACUGGUGAAAGCUUUCAACACUGCCUAUGAAUAUACACAUACAAUCACCUCUAAUGGUUUUAAUGUACCCACUACACUUUUAUCAGUCUAAACUGUUUUUGAAGCUAAAACAACUUCUGUUUUACUCACUAAACAUAAUUUAUUAGUGACAAAUCAUAAUUCAUUCCUUUAUUGGACAAUUUAUUUAAAAAAAAUAAAUAACUUAUUUAACACUUUAUUAAUGAGGAAUUUGUGAUUUCUGACAACUGCAAACCAAACAUGUGGAUGUUUGGCUUAUGACUGUAGUGCUAAUCUGGUAGCAGUUACAUGCUAAUGUUUAAAUGGCUAGCUUCAAAGCUAAGAAAGCUAACUGGGCGUUUUUUCUUAGAUUUGGUGGUGACUGUUAAUAUCAUAAAGCAGUGCUGUGAAUCUUUAUUGCAAAGUUUCUGAAAUAUAUCUGAUUUUAAGUAUAUCAAAUAGACUAUGGCUAGAGGAAAUUGAUAAAGAUAUUGAAGUAUCAUUGAUAUUACAUUAGGUUUUAAAUAUUAGAGACUGCCAGACAACUGUGUACGUUUUAAAUAAAGCAUGCUGAAUUAGACUGAA